AUGCUGAUGCUACUGAGAUUGCCGGCGACACAGCCACUCCGUCGGAAGCACAUCAAGGCUCUCGAUGUUGGCUCAGUUCAUAGAAUUUCCUCUGGCCAGGUGGUCGUCGACUUGCAGACUGCUGUGAAAGAGCUUGUUGAGAACAGCCUUGAUGCGGGCGCGACGUCCCUUGAGGUUCGCUUCAGAGACCACGGCGUAGCAAGCUUCGAAGUCAUUGACAACGGGUGUGGUAUAGCUCCUAAAGACUAUGACGCCAUAGUAUCCGUCUCUACGUUUGGCUUCCGCGGAGAAGCCCUGUCCUCGCUCUGUGCGCUUUCGGAAAAUGUAACCGUGACUACCGCAACCGCAGCCGAGGCGCCCAUGGGUACUGUCCUCGAGUUCGACACGGCUGGUCGGCUGGUCAGUCGGCAGAGGAAGGUCGCGAGGCAGCGCGGAACAACUGUAGUUGUUUCAGGCCUGUUCAAGCCCCUCCCUGUACGUCGCAGAGAACUUGAGCGCAACGCCAAACGAGAGUUUGGCAAGGCAUUGACACUCCUGUCCGCAUAUGCCCUGGUUCCUUGCGCUCAAGAGAACAAGGGCGUACGUUUGACUGUCACACAUCAUGCUCCUGGAGGAAAGAAGUCAAUCCAAAUGCGAACAGACGGGGUUUCUUCUACACGCGCGUCCAUCUCUGCCCUUUGGGGCCCAAAGGCCCUUGAGAAUAUAGUCGACCUCGAUGUCGUGUUCCACGUCGAAACCGAGCGUACAGUGCUGAGGAGGCGAGGCAUCGUUGAUGGGGAUACCCACUCAAAUGAGGUUCGCGUACGUGGCCAGAUCUCGAAGUUGGCUGUAGGCUGUGGCAGGAGCGGCACGGACCGACAGUUCUUCUUCGUGAACGGGCGCCCGUGCAAUCCAUCCAAGGUACAAAAGGCAUUCAAUGAGGUUUAUCGUACGUUCAAUGCGAAUCAGACGCCGUUUAUCGUAGCGGACUUCAUUCUUCCCACCGAUUCAUUGGACGUCAAUGUCAGUCCAGACAAACGGACAAUCUUGCUCCACAGCGAGAAGAAUCUCAUAGAGGCUCUCAAGGUUGCCCUAGAGGAAGAAUUCGCACCCUCUCGUGCGACCUAUGACAUCACUGCUUCUGGCGCUUCGCAAGCACAGGCCAAGGAGAGCACAUCAAGACCGCCGAAGAUACCGGACGUACAGGCGCCCCUCUUCUUGGACGAGGACGAGGACGAGGACGAGGACGAGGACGAGGACGAGGACGCUGGAGAUGAAUCCGGGCAUUCCACACCAACGGCGGGAUCCUCGGCUGUCCCGAAGAGUCUCGUCGCCGUCCAGGAUGGUCAGCCCGAUGCUUUUGGCCGACCUAGCCUUCUCACCGGGGAUCAGGCUAUGAGAGAAACGACCGUGGGCGUGGCAACAACGGGCAAUGACGUCGCUAGCGCACGAGCCAUAGAAGUCGAUGAGACUCUUCCCUCCCGUGUGUCUAGUCCAGAAGAGCCCAUAGUCCCUGAGGCCCGGGAAGCUUCCGCAGAACCUUCCCAACCACGGGUGAGCACGUCCCUGCGGCACGGCAGUGCUGGAGAGCCUCGUGUUACUCUCGACGAAGAUACUAUCGUCCCUCCUGGGGUGCAAGAUAGCAGCGAGGAUCUGCACUUGCCAAUGUCAUCCAAUCAAACAGAGCCUGCAUUCGCAGACUCGGGUUCCCCAUCCGCCAGCCAGGUCACCCCGGCUGCGACAUCUGAGUCGGCGGACAGAACAUACGAGUCCGAUCCGCGUUCAUCUCUGGCACAUGACCUCCAGGCGAAGCGCCGAUUCGCAGAGGCAAACACUGCGCGCUCUACGCCAGGAGGUUCGCGGAGCGUGCAAAUGGUGCUUAGCACGCAAGACGCGUCCUGGAAUCUCCGACGAAGUGCGGAAGCAGAGCCAGCGCUGCCGAAAAAGCGUCGGAGAAUCGGCGAACUGGGGUUGGCUGGGGAAGGGAUAGCCGCAAGGCAGGAACUCAGAUCGACGUUGCGAGACUUUGCUCGCCCCGGCAGUCAAGUCAUGGACGAGUCGAUGGAUGAUGAUGAAGAGGCGCUCGACGCGUCCACGCGCAGUGACAUCAGUGGUGAUAUUCAACAGGGCAAAGAUGACCAGCUGGAUGUCGAUAUGGAUAGUUGUGCGUCCUUCGGUGAGGGUUUGGGUUCACCUGGUGGCACCGAGUUGCACCAUGAUGGACACUCACCUACACCGGGUGGGGCGAGCACGACCGAGGACGCGGUUAUCGAUCUUACAGACAAUGACGGAUGUGAUAUGUCGAGCGUCGCAGAUCCUGAUGACGUACCAGACGUCUCUAUGAUGUCUGGUUCGUCUUCGUCCCAAGUCUGUCGACCAGAGGUUGUACGGACGGAAGAGGGCGAGGAAGCCGUCCUUAGCUGCGAUCUAGUUCGGAUGGCCGACGCGUGGCGCCAACUGGAGCGUAGCGCAUCAACUCUGCAAACUUUAUCAGCAAGCUCGCUGACUUCUGAAGUAACUAAGGACGCAGGCAUUUCCAAUGUGCAAGACGAUGCCAGGGCUACGGAGGCUCUCUCGCGCGUGAUUGACAAGUCCGACUUCGACUCCAUGGAGAUUGUUGGCCAAAAGCGUACAUCGCCGUCCAUAGAACAAGCUUCACAUGGGACCCUGGACGACUUGUUCAUCAUUGACCAACACGCUGCCGAUGAGAAGUACAACUUUGAGACACUCCAAGAAACAACAAAGAUCGAAUCUCAGAGGCUAUUCCAGCCACAACCUCUAGAAUUGGCAGCCGCUGACGCUCUGCUCGCUACUGAGAACAUCGAUGUCUUGCGACGAAAUGGAUUCGAAAUCGAAGUGGACGAAGACGCCGUCCCCGGUGAAGGGCAUCGACUGUGUUUGGUGGCGCAGCCCACCAGCAAGAGCACCGUGUUUGAUAUGAAAGAUCUCGAGGAAUUGCUCCAUUCAAUGCAAGACCGACCAACGGGAACGAUGGUUCGAUGCUCGAAGGCCAGGGCCAUGUUCGCCAUGCGAGCCUGCAGGAAGAGCGUCAUGAUUGGGAUGCCUCUAAAUCGGCAACAGAUGAUCUCCGUUGUACGCCACAUGGGAACCAUGGACCAACCGUGGCAUUGUCCUCACGGGCGACCUACCAUGCGUCACUUAUCUGACAUCUCAGGGGCAGGCCGAGACUGGCGGAAAGAAAGAAGAGAAGAGGUUGAUUGGACGGAUUUCGGAAAUCUAUCGCUCACUUAA